AUGUACGCCUUUUCUUCCAGCAACGCCUUUGCUUCCACGCGGAGUCGGAGAGUCACUGCCGAAGCCUACGACCUCCAUCGGUCGGUUCCAGCCGAUCGGUGGUGCGUGACCUACCUGGACUUGGCGUUUCUUCGCCGAGAGGUUCACUUCGGCCUGCAAAGCGGCGAGAUUCGGCCGGAGCCUGGCGAGGACGCCUCGGAUGCCUACGGGCCGAGCAUCUACACGGUGACGGAGCAGUACGUCAAGCCCGUGACCCGACGAGCGGGGAAGAUGAGUUGGGCAUUGAUGCGACAUCCCGCGGGCUUGAAGUGCGAAGUGUUCAUCAGCCAUGCUUGGCAGGAAGGUGUCUUUGAGUUCCUGGCCAAAGUGCGGCACAGUUGGCCGCGGGGCAUGCGAAGUGCUUGGUGUUGCAUGCUGGCCAAUCCCCAGAACUUGGACAUCUCCUCUUUCUUGGUGUCCCCGAAGACCUCGCCCUUUGCCAUUGCGCUCAAUUCUUGCAAGGCUCUGUUGGGUGCUGGGCUAGGCGCUUUGGCCCGAGUUCUUGAAGCCAGGCGGAGCUACUACUUCUUGCCGGCCUGUACCGAGCUGGUUCUUGGGUUCUGCUUUGUGAUCAACAACGAUGGCAUGCGCAGGGUCAUGCAUUUCGUCGGCGUCGUGCUUUGUUGGAUUCUUCUGGUUCGCGAUUUUGGUGGUGUUCUUGCCGGGUUUGUGGGUCACCAGGUUAAAGGCUUCCCAUCUGAUGACGGUGAAGUGAGGGUGGUUCGUUGCUUCUUCUGGCUGAUGACUUCAAUUGCUUUUUCCCUCAUGGAGGUUGAUCGCAUCAAUGCUAGAUCGAGCGUGGCAGAGUCAGAAGAGCUGCGACUUGGGUAUGAAGGCUCCAUUCAAUAUGCAAGAUGUUCUCAGGAAGCGGACGCUGUGAGUAUCCGCAGAGAAAUCAGUGAUCAGGUGGACCAAGUUGACCAUGCCAUUCACGUCCUGCUGGCCGCAGGCAUGUCAACUCCAGCACUGCGGGAAAUAGCCCGCUCAGUGGACAUCCGGCAUGCAGCAUUUGCAGAAAUCACGGGGGCCAUGUUCUUGCUUGGCCCUUUUGCCACAACCGCCAUUUCGACCACUGUUGUUGAUAUGUUGCGCUGCGAGUGUUUGUGGCACCGCGUGGUCCUUGUGAUUGUCUCCAUCCUCUCAAGGCUCAUGUUGUUUGCCUUGCUUUGCCGAAGUGAUUGGGAUGAGGAGCGCUUCAUUCUGAAGGUCAUGAACAAAUUCCUGUCUGUCGCCGUGAUUUGCUGGCUCUCUACCUUGCCUUUCCUCUUGUCACUUCACGUUAGCAAGCCUGGUUGCGCACUCUUCUGGCUCUUUGUCUCAGACUUCCUCCUGCUUUCCAUGCUCUGCAUUGCAAUCCUGGGUAUCAGGGGCACUGCGAGACUUCCCUUUGGCCGCCAGAUCCUUCAGAUCAUCUUCAGCCGGGGCAGAAAUACCCUGCUCUCGUCGGUGGAUCCUGAAGCAUAUGAACUUGCCUCCUCUGGUAGUGAGAUUCCCGACACUGACUCCGACUGUGGCUCUGGAUCCUCGGAUGAGUUUGCUCUGGAGUCUUGA